AUGGCGAAGUUUGCUAAUGAUUCUGAUUUUAUACCAAGUAUAGACGACCCAGAUGAAGAACCUGAACUUGAAAUACAAAAUAGGCAGAGACAGAAAAGAAGACAUGAUGAAAGUAAAUGGUCAGCUAAUAAAAAUAGGCGUAAAAGGGAGCUUGGACAAAAAUAUAAGGGAAGAAAAAAAGUUGAUGUGCACUGGAUAUACAACAUUCCUAAAAAUGAGAGAAAAAUAAAAAAAAGAUGCGACUGCAAAUUAAGUAAGAAUGAAAAAGAAGCGAAUCCGCUUCUAUUGCCUGGUAAAAGAAAGCUAAUAAUGAGGAUAAAGAACAACACCAAACAGUGGAUGAAACCGAAAGAAGAUCAGAAAGACUUGAAAACUUAA